AAGAGCUUGUAACCAACCAAAGUCAAACACUUAGAGCUAUUCAAAAUGGUGAAGAUUGAGAUUGGAAGUUUGGGUGAUUCCUUUAGUGUGACAUCUCUUAAGGCUUACUUAUCUGAAUUUAUCGCAACUCUUCUCUUCGUGUUUGCUGGCGUUGGCUCUGCUAUUGCUUUUGGGAAGCUCACAUCCGAUGCAGCCUUGGACCCGGCUGGUCUUGUCGCUAUCGCGGUGGCUCACGCCUUUGCCCUUUUCGUCGGUGUGUCAAUAGCCGCCAACAUCUCUGGCGGUCACCUUAAUCCCGCCGUGACCCUUGGCCUUGCCGUCGGCGGAAACAUCACAGUCAUCACCGGUUUCUUCUACUGGAUUGCUCAAUGCCUUGGCUCCACCGUCGCUUGUCUCCUCCUUGCUUUCGUUACCAAUGGCGAGGUACCCAAAAACAUUCGUAUUUGCGUCUAUAGUAUUAAAAUCUUGAGUUAG